UUUCCUCCUAGUGAAAAAAGCCCCCAUCGUAACUCGUAAUGUUUACUUAGUCAUCAGGACGAAACACCUGUUGUCAUCCCACUGCGCCUGUGACAUCUCCAGAUGCAAAAUCUUUAGUUGUCAUCACGGGGGCGCAAGUUGGACAGCAAGAUGGCUGCACCCUUCGAAAGCGUGAGAGAGGUUCAAGAAGAUUAUAGAGAGCACGUUAACUACCGUACUCCAUUAGUGACACGCUAUGCCAGUCCAGCAAUGGCAAGGAAUUUUGGAGACGUGAAAAAGUUCACGACUUGGAGACAGCUUUGGUUGUGGCUUGCGCAGGCUCAGAAGAAACUUGACCUCCAGAUCACUGAUGAGCAACUGGAUGAAAUGAAGGACCACUUGUCUGACAUUGAUUUUGAACGAGCUGAGCUGGAGGAGAAGCGCACCCGACAUGAUGUAAUGGCACAUGUCCACACCUUUGCAGCAGCUUGCCCACUGGCAGCACCCAUUAUUCACUUGGGUGCUACCUCCUGCUAUGUAGGGGACAACACUGAUCUGAUUGUCCUGAGAGAUGCUUUCAACAUCCUUCUUCCAAAACUGGCUAGGUGCAUAGAACGACUUUCAUGUUUUGCUGAUAAUUAUAAAGAUCUUCCAUGCCUAGCAUACACUCAUCUGCAACCUGCACAGCUAACGACUGUGGGCAAGCGAGCCUGCAUAUGGGUGCAAGAUCUGCUUAUGGAUCUACGGAAUAUUGAACGUGCCUGCAAUGACUUGCGGUUUCGGGGUGUCAAAGGAACAACAGGCACCCAGGCCAGCUUCUUAGCACUUUUUGAGGGUGAUGAAGCCAAGGUGGAAGAACUGGAUCGUCUUGUGACGGAGAUGGCUGGAUUCAAAAGCAAUUUCUUGAUCUGCGGUCAAACAUAUACUCGAAAAGUUGAUGCAGACUGCUUAUCAACAUUGUCAAGCCUUGGAGCAAGUGUUCAUAAGAUAUCAUCAGACCUACGACUUCUAGCCAAUUUUAAGGAAGUAGAGGAACCAUUUGAAAAAGAUCAGAUAGGGUCUAGUGCCAUGCCAUACAAACGCAAUCCUAUGCGAAGUGAACGGUGCUGUGCGCUUGCCCGUCACCUUAUGAUACUGGUACAAGACACACUGCACACAUCUGCAAACCAAUGGAUGGAGCGCACACUAGAUGACAGUGCCAACAGGCGCAUUGCCGUUCCAGAGGCAUUUCUGACAGCGGAUGCUUUGCUUGGGACCUUACAGAAUGUUUGUGAAGGAUUGGUUGUGUAUCCAAAGGUAAUAGAACGGCGGGUGCAACAGGAACUUCCUUUCAUGGCAACAGAAAACAUUAUUAUUGCAAUGGUUAAAUUAGGUAGCAAUAGACAGGAGUGUCAUGAAAACAUUCGUGUUCUCUCCCAGCUGGCUGGGAAUAAAGUAAAGCAAGAGGGAGGUGAUAAUGACCUUGUGGAGCGAAUACAAAAGUCUGAGUACUUUGCUCCAAUUCAUGAGCAGCUCGAAGAACUGCUAAACCCAUCCACUUUUGUUGGGCGAGCACCAUCACAGGUUACUCGUUUCCUGCAAGAAGAGGUAGCCCCAGCUUUGGAACCAUACAAAAGCGAGCUAGAGGGCAAAUCUGUGCUGUUUGUGUAAAUUGUGGCCAUGUAUUGUCUCAAAAUAUACUUAAUUGCACUGCUGAUAAAUACUUUUGAGAUUCAAGUAAUUUUUGGAAUGACAAGAGUCUUGAAAUAAUUUUGAAAAUGUUGAACUUCACAAGAUGUAGCAUAACCCCCAGUCACCUGCAUUACCUAUUGCACCUGCACUAUCAGUGUUAUUUAGUCUACUUGCAUGCUCAUAUACACUUUUGGCAGUUCUACUUUGCUCCACUGAAUGGAAAUAUAUAGAAAAUCAUACAUUAGAAAGCAAAGACAGUCUGUUUUUAUAUUUAAGGAACUUGUUUUACUUUUUGACAACUGUUACUUUGUGAUUAAGCUUUGGACUUAAUUGUGUGAUGCUGACUGUCAUUUACCAUCUCUGAACCUUCACCUUGGUGUGUUUUAACUUUGCAAUCUUGCCUGCCACAGCAUAGCAUUGCUUGGUCAGCGGGUGUGGUUUGGCAUAGCCCACCUAUUUAAUAGUUGGGUUGUUGAUAUUAUUAAGAAAUGACAACUCCUUGUAAAUUGUCUUUCUUUGAUACUUAACAGACAGCUUUAAAUGCCAUCCCAGCCUUCCUGUAUCUGCAUGGAAAGUUAACGAAAAUUCUAUUGGGCUAUUUUGCAGAGCUUAUUAUUAAAAGCUGGUUUCAGUGGCGCCAAGGGCUGCUCAUCCCACUGACCAGGGGCUACAAUUCACUUGAUUAAAGAGGAGUUGUAGCCCUUAAGCUCCUACUUGUCAGUGAGGUAUCAAAGAAAGAUAAUUCUACCAAAUAAAAAUUUCAUUCUCAAUGGACUCAAAAUCUAUUUUAAGUCUGCUGCAAGAGACAUUUGGAGGGCUACAAUGAAACUGUAGCAUCACAUAUUUGGUUGUCUGCAGUGGGAUUGUUGUCUACAGCAGGACUAUCUUGCAUUCAAGUCUUUCACAGGCAGAUUUAUUACCACGCUUACAUUUAUAUCCAUGGGACUGAUUCAUGUUUCAGUUGAUCACUGCUUAUGGACUGGUAUCCAUAUGAUUACCCUUGAAAGGGAUGCAGUAGGAUUAGUAUGGGUCCCCCUUCCCAUCCCACUUUGGGUCAUGCAUGUCAGUUUUGGAAAUUGAACUGGUUUUGUCUUUUUAAGUAGUAUCACGGCUUAUGUGGCUGAUUUAUGUGCCUUACCUUUCUUUAGGCCCCAUAUUGCAGUAUUUGCUUACUGCAAAUUUUCAGAAUCGUUUACCCUUUUCAUCAAUGGAUGCAUGCUUUUAGCCAUAAGGACAUGGAGAACUGAUGUAGCCAAUGUCCUUGAAUGUUUAAUAAAGGUAUGCACCAAG